GCUCGUUUUCUUCCUCUUCUUCUUCUUCUUCUUCUUCUUCUGCUGCUCCAGAGAGGCUUCGGCGAGUCAGAUAACUCAGUGAGUCAGAUAACUCAAUCUCGGGCUCAGCCAUGGACUUCGACAUGGAAUCCAUGGCGUCGGCCAUCGGAGUGAGCGUCCCGGUGCUCCGAUUUCUCCUCUGCUUCGUUGCCACCAUUCCGGUGAGCUUCCUCGUGCGGUUCAUCCCCGGCGCAUUUACUAGGCACGUGUACUCCGCGUUCACCGGAGCUUCCCUCUCCUACCUCUCUUUCGGCUUCUCUUCCAAUCUCCACUUCCUCGUUCCCAUGCUUCUUGGCUACGCGGCUAUGCUUCUCUGUCGCCGUCGAUGCGGUGUGAUCACCUUUUUCUUGGGAUUCGGCUACCUCAUUGGCUGCCAUGUAUACUACAUGAGUGGGGAUGCAUGGAAGGAAGGGGGUAUUGAUGCUACUGGAGCUCUAAUGGUUUUAACAUUGAAAGUCAUUUCAUGUGCAAUGAAUUAUAAUGAUGGAUUGUUAAAAGAAGACGGUUUGCGUGAGGCACAGAAGAAAAACCGAUUGCUUAAGUUACCAUCAUUGAUCGAGUACUUUGGUUAUUGUCUCUGCUGUGGAAGUCACUUUGCUGGACCAGUUUAUGAAAUAAAGGAUUAUCUUGAAUGGACAGAAAGAAAAGGGAUUUGGGCCAAAUCAGAGAAAGGGCCACCACCAUCACCUUAUGGGGCAACGAUUCGAGCUCUUAUCCAAGCUGCCUUUUGCAUGGGCUUGUAUGUGUAUCUAGUACCCCAUUUUCCCUUGACCAUAUUUACUGAUCCUGUAUAUCAAGAAUGGGGCUUCUGGAAACGGUUGGGAUACCAAUAUAUGUGUGGCUUUACAGCACGCUGGAAAUACUAUUUCAUCUGGUCAAUCUCUGAGGCAGCUGUCAUUAUUUCUGGCCUGGGAUUCAGUGGGUGGACAGAAUCUUCCCCACCAAAACCAAAAUGGGACCGUGCAAAGAAUGUUGACAUUUUAGGUGUUGAGUUGGCAAAGAGUGCAGUAACACUGCCACUUGUUUGGAACAUACAAGUCAGCACCUGGCUACGUUAUUAUGUUUAUGAGAGGCUCAUUCAAAAUGGGAAGAAACCUGGUUUCUUGCAGUUGCUGGCUACACAAACUGUCAGUGCUGUUUGGCAUGGAUUAUAUCCUGGAUACAUCAUAUUCUUUGUUCAGUCUGCACUGAUGAUAGCAGGUUCAAGAGUCCUUUACAGAUGGCAGCAAGCAACAAGCAAUGCUUUGUUUAAGAAGAUGGUUGUGUUUAUAAACUUUGCUUAUACAUUGUUGGUUCUGAACUACUCCUGUGUUGGUUUCAUGGUAUUAAGCCUGCACGAAACACUGGCCUCUUAUGGAAGUGUGUACUACAUUGGAACCAUUCUUCCCAUAGUAUUGGUCCUCCUUGGCUACAUAAUUAAACCGGCAAAGCCAGUCAGAUCUAAGGCUCGGAAAGAACAGUGAGGUAGAAACCAGAUCAUCUGUUUCUCUAGAGGACCUGGAGUGCAACCGACGAAACGUUGGAGCACUAGUUUCUGCAGUUAUAUUUAUACAUUGUAAUAUCUGUGGAAUUGCUGAGCCUAUUUACAUUUUCACUCAAUCUUGAUCUUUUGUCAUUGCUUACUUUCUCUUUAGUGGACCUCCUUUGUUGGCCAUGCGGUAGAAAAGCAUCAGUUGCUAGAGACCUCUUAUCCAAAAUAUUUAUAAAUAUGAUUGAAAACAAAAGGAAACAGGAACAGAGCCCUUGGUUGGAUGGCA